AACUUAAAUAUGACCGCUCUAAGAGUAAUCGUCUUUGUUGCACUUUUCGCUGUGGCUUACUGCGCGCCCAGUCCCGGCUUCUUUGGCAAACAUGAACACCACACAAUUCAUGUGCCCUAUAAGGUGCACACGGUGCAUCAUCAUCAUGUCCAGAAGAUCGCCGUGCCGGUGGUGAAACAUGUGCCCGUCUACAAGGAGGUGCAUGUGCCCGUCUACAAGGAGGUGCCCGUCCAUCAUGUCCAUCACGAGGAGAUUGUGCCGGUGCAUGUGCAUGAGGACCAUCACGAUUAUCAUCAUGACUUCCACAAGGGCUGGAACUCGCUCUCCCAUGGCUGGUAAAGCACACACGCACACACAUGCGCACACACACACACACACACCCACCCAACACAACUUGUUUGCUUUGUAAAUAUCUGUACAAUGUCUUAAGUUUAAAGAAAAAACAAAUGUCUGUAAAUAAAAGUGAGAUUUUUUGAUUAUAAA